GGGUCUUCUUAUGGUGGGGUGUGUUGACGAGGAAUCACCCGGCCCCUCAUUUCUGGUUGGCAAAAGAAAUUGUUUUUGGCUUUUUUUUUCUCACUUCAAAGCUGCUGCAAUAACCUUUACCUACUUGUUAUUGCAUCUGAGUUCCAUUAUCAAAUUCCUCUCUCCUAUCAUCCAAAAAAUUUUGAAACUUAGUCUUCGUGAAGAAUCUCUUGUAGAUUUUUGUACUGGUCGGCAAGCUAAUAUAAGCACACAAUAGUACGCUCACGAGUGGGAUAAGAUUAUGGAAAGCAGUCAAAUUGAUCUUGCUUAUUUUUCAUCAGGCUUUGGGUUAGCAUUCUCCAGAACUUUUUGAUCCUUUGGUGUAUAACUCAAGAAUUAAUGAAUACUGUACAAUUUUUGCUCCUCUGUCAUAACAAGUGUUCGUUAUCAGGUGAAGCUGUCUAAGGUUUUAUGGGUACUCGGGUAAUUCCACAUUUCUCCAACAUCCUUCUUUUUUGUUGAAUGUUUUAAAUUUUUUUAUGUAAGGCACUGCUACAUUCUAAUAUGUAUGAAAAAAUCUCGAGUGGUUUAAAGUCUGGAGACUGGAGUUGUGGAAGAUAGAACUUUAGAGUCUGAGUAGUUUCAUCACUCAUUUUCCUCUGCAGAUAUAAUUGUUAAAAGCAUCCAUGCCCCGAGGCAGGUGAGCUAUCAGUCUUGACCCAUUCUGUGUAUCACAGUUAUGAUUGUGGGAUUCAUUACAUGCUAGUGGGUGUCUGGUAUUCAAAGGAUCUGGUUUAAAGGCUCAUGGUCUUGAUCAUGGCUGAUAAUGUAGAAUACUUGUUGAAAUAUUUUAGAAAUGUGUGAAUUUUAGGAGAAUUGUUUUAGGCUAUGGGCAUUGUAUUCGCGGUGGAAGGCACUCCUUUGAAGCCACUUGGUAGAAAUGCUUGUUUUUAUCUUCUAUUGCCACACUCUUCUGUACUGUUUAUGAACUUUGCCUGUUAUGCAGGUUGAUGUAACCAAUCUGUUCUGAUUCCAUAGCUCCAUUCAUCUUCAGGUUUGAGGAAACCAUGGGGGAUAGACAAUUUUCAAGCUCUUUCAAUGUGUUUGGGAUCAACCAAGGUCAAGAGACUCGGGACCAAAAUCAUUUGUCUGCGGAGCAGUCAUAUAUUUCUAUGGGGAGGGCUGUUGAACCAGAAAAUGGUUCUCUUUUUUAUCCGGUGAAUACUAUGUUAAGGGGAGGAGUAUGCAAUAAUUCUCAGUGGAAUUCAGAAGACAGAUCACGUGAGUAUCCGUCCGCUGGUUUCAGCAUGGAAGCACCACAUUUCCAACCAGCUAUUUCAGGUCCCACUUUUAAUCCCUUCUCACACUCAACAGUCCCUGGGAACAUGUAUCUGGCCCCAGAAAAUAAUGCUGGCCAUGCACAUGUUAGUUACUACAAUAGACAAGUUAUGCCUGAAAUUGAAGGUGGUCUAAUAGACUCUACAAUGAGCGCUGGAAGGGGGCAAUUUAAAAGAAAAAGCCCUGCCAUUUCUGGACCUUUUGAGAGAGCCAGCAGUAUCAGAUUUUAUGGUCCAGGAAGUUCCUCUGGCUCAUCUCAGAUGCUGCCAGAGCAGCCAACUUCAGAUUGUCAUAUCAUCCCUUCUGGUCCUCUUGGCAUACCUCAAUACAGGGGUAGUAGCCUUUUGAUAAGGAAUGUGAGAAGUCGGUCUAGGCUUGAUUUUGAACCCAGCACUGUGAGAACUCAUAUAUCAAGUUAUUCUUCUGGUCAUUAUGAUUCAACAACGCAUCCAACCAACCAUUCUGGCACAGUAGACCUUGGUAAUUUGAAUGCUGAGGCCACCACUCGUGAAUGGAAUGGUAUUCCUUUCUCUGCUGCUGCUUGCGGAAGGAUUCCAACUUCUGAUAUGGGCAGAUUAAGCCACGAGACAAAUCCUUUUCUUGUGGGGGGAAGCACGGCCGAGAUUCGUGGCUACCACCAGGAUUCCAUUCCAAGCAGACACCCUGUUUCCUCUUCACAAUAUGUUCAUGCCCCCAUUGUGCAGACUGCAACGGAUGGCCACAUCAAUUAUUCUAGGAGAGUUAUUCCUUCAUAUAGGGCCGGUCCAAGCUACUCCCAUGCAGGACACCCAGCUGCUUUUUCAGACAAUGGGCUGCAUUCACUCUCAGAAACUUCUUCUUCCAGACAUUCAAGGCCAUGUUCUGCUGGAGGAUGGCAUAACAGUUACAAUAAUGGACGGCAAAGGAUAGCUACUGAGAGAUUCCAGUCAAUACCUAGUUUGGUGGAUGCGCAUGAUAGACUACGAUCUGAGGCUCUCAUGAUGGUGGAUCACUCACCUUUCUAUAGUGGUCCCCAAUUUGAUGAAUAUCUAGACAUGAGGCUAGACAUUGACAACAUGGAUUAUGAGGAACUUCUUGCACUUGGGGAGAGGAUGGGGAAUGUCAACACAGGCUUGUCUGAAAGUAUGAUUUCGAACUGUUUGAGGGAAACAGUGUACCAUUUUCCAGAUCAACACCACGAGGAAGGAACCUGUGCUAUCUGCCUUGAAGAGUACAAGAAUGAAGAGGCGGUUGGAACUUUGAAGAAUUGUGGGCAUGAGUACCAUGUGGGCUGUAUCAGGAAGUGGUUGUUGGUGAAGAAUGUCUGCCCCAUAUGCAAGGCUGUUGCUCUUUCAGACUCUUCAAAGCAGGAAUAACUGAAACCAACUUUGAUCGCAAGCUCUUUUUCCUGUUAUUGUAGAUGUUAUAUAUACAAGACACUUCUCGUAAUGGGUGUAAUCACGCACAUUGUUUGUAAAUAUUGUACAUUUCUCUUAAUGGGUGGACUUACUCCCAUUAUUUGUUGAAAAACACUUGAUUUUUAUAUUGUUCAUCCCUAGUAACCCAACCCCCCCCCCCCCCCC